CUCGUCGUAAAAAUUGUUAGGUUUAUUUCUGAGCCUCAGUCAACAAUGCGUCCCCUUCUCCAGAAGCUGAAAGAAUGGUCAGAGCACUUGCCCACAUCUUUACGUCAGCAGAUUUUUCAUAGCAUCACAAUGAAGAACAUCUCCUCACAACCCAGCUGCCUUCGUUUCGCCUGUAUCCUCUUGGAGGUUUUCGAUUUUCGCGCUUUACUACGACCGAUGGUCCGAUCUGCUACUCCGCCGCCCUUGUUUGAGGAAACCCACGAGAUACCUGGGCUCGCGGAUCAGUUAGACGACCUCAUCAACCAGCUAUUUGAAGUGAACGAAUUUGAGCCAUCAUUGGCGAUUGAACUGUCAGAUGGGAAUGGAAGUGGCAAUGCGGUGCUCCAAGCGGCCGAAAGUUGUGCAGCAAAGAUGCUCCGUAUGGUUAUGCGGAUAGGCUAUGGUGAUAGCUCAGGCUUUUGGUACUCAUUUAUCGAAGGGUCCCGUAUCGGCUUUGCGACCGUCUCGAAUUUCCUGAUCCUUUUUCUAGUGCAGGCACCGACACAAGACCACGCUCUUCGCGCCAAAAGUCUUGUGGUUCUCUGGCGAAAUGCACUGCGAAAUCAGAAUCAGACUUCUUCGAUAGUAUGUCUUGGACUCGUUAGGCCGGAGGCAACGCUGUGGGCCGGGCUGAGUAGAAAUUACUACCUGCCAAGCCGUGUCAAAGAGAUUCUUGAG